GCCGGGAAGUUGCGCUUGAAGAAGUUGCGGGCGGCUGAGCGUUUGGGCGGCGGGGUCGCUGGGCUUCCCGUAAGCGCUCGGAGGAAGGGGAGAAGCGGGCGCCACCGUGCAGUGCGCAACGCCCGGGGAAGCCGCCCUGGAGAGCGCCACCCGCCGCUCCAGACCGCCCGCCGCUGAGACCCUGGCCAGGCCGCGAGCACAGUCUCGGUGCUGGGUGCGGUGUCUCGGGGUCCCAGGGGCUGUCCAGCCCUAACGCCCAGUGGCUCGGCGGUGACGCCCGCCCUGCUGGGCCAUGUCAAAAGGCCCUGGCUCUGCCGUCCUGCCCUCGACCCCGGAGUCCCGGAAACUAGCUCCCCGGAGACUCAGCUGCCUCUCGGACAUGGAUCGGCGACCCUGCAGACCCCCGGGCUGCGACCCUCGGCUGCGGCCCAUCAUCCAACGACGCUCGCGCUCGCUGCCCACCUCCCCAGAGCGCCGGGCCAAGGCUGCGGGGGCCCCCGGCGCCGCGUGCGGAGCCGGCUGCAACCGGCAGGUCCGGGUGCGCUUCGCUGACGCGCUGGGCCUGGAGCUGGCCCAGGUCAAGGUGUUUAACGCAGGCGACGACCCGUCCGUGCCGCUGCACGUGCUGUCGCGCCUAGCCAUCAACUCGGACCUGUGCUGCAGCAGCCAGGAUCUGGAGUUCACACUGCAGUGCCUGGUUCCCGACUUCCCGCCGCCCAUCGAAGCCCCGGACUUCGGAGACCGCCUGGCGCGGCAGCUGGUGUGCCUGGAACGUGUCACCUGCUCCGACCUGGGCAUCAGCGGCACCGUGCGCGUGCGCAACGUGGCCUUCGAGAAGCAGGUGACGGUGCGCUACACCUUCUCUGGCUGGCGCAGUGCACAUGAGGCAGUGGCGCGCUGGAGAGGGCCUGCGGGUGCUGAAGGUACCGAGGACAUCUUUGCCUUCGGCUUUCCAGUGCCUCCCUUCCUGCUGGAGCUCGGCUCCCAGGUACACUUCGCACUGCGCUAUGGCGUGGCUGGUACCGAGUACUGGGACAACAAUGAUGGUCAUGACUAUAGCCUUACUUGUCGCAGUCAUGCCCUGCACAUGCCGCGAGGGGAGUGCGAGGAGAGCUGGAUCCACUUCAUCUGAGCUGCUGGCUUCCACCUCUGCAGACCUUCAGUCACUUCCCCACCAGUGCAGCUCUCGAAGCCGCUGUCUCCCAUCCCAACCUUCCUUCCCAGUGGCCUGGCCUCAUUUCUCACUGUGAAGCCCUGUGGUGGCAGUGAAUUCUCUGGAGAGCCUGGCAGUCUGAAGACCAGGAGCCUGUGUAAUGCAUUGUGGGGAGGGUAAGGGAGGGUAGAUGCACCGGAUUGUGGUCCUCAAUUCCAGGAGGCCCGUGUUUUGUAAGAAAGGCCUUUUGCAUGUCUCCUCAAUGUGUCCAAACACAAAUAGCUGUUAUUUAUUAUUGUGAAGUUGGCCUUUCCACCCGCGGUGGAUGCUUUCUCAGGAAUACUCUAGAUUUAAUCAGCUUAAAGCAGGCCUGUUGUUUGUUUGCAGCCACUGUAAUAAUUGUAAAAAUACACAGUGUGGCCUGCAUUAUUGUCCCUCGAGGCAUUUCUGCCCUGGGACGGUGAAAACCUGAGACCAUGUUUGCUUGCCAAGGUCUGUAGCCUUCCAACAGUAGAAACUAUUAAUAGCGAAGGAACUAACAUCUCAUCUGUCAUCACACAACCAUUUCUGGGCUUCGAGGCUGCCCUGGUUAGGCGAUGCCUCCCACAUCAACAGCUGGGAAGAAGUGGACUGAAAAGCUUCCAACCGUGCAACUUAGCCCAGACAGUCUUUCUCUUCUCUCCUGUUCACGCGUUUGUCUUCUACUGGUCUGGUUCUGGGUCUGCUUGUUAGUUUGUUUAAGUUUGAAACUACUUGAGCCUUCAAAAAGAUCUUGCCUUAAGUAAUUUAUGUUUUCAAGUGGCCACAGGGAUCCAGGCAGGCGUGCCCUUUCCACGAAAGAGGUGACUUUUUAAUUUCUAAGUAUGGAAAGAUGCCAGCGUUCAUAUUUUGGAAGUCAGCUUCCAAAUGAACCUGGGAGGUUCUCAGAAUUAGCCAGGACACUGGAGGAAAAAUUAACUCACAGAUUUUUAUACACCUUGGGUUUUAAAUUGAACUGUUAUGUCAAAUUUUACAGAUACCUGCCACUUUAUUCUUUGUGCCUUUGGUUAGGAAAGUUGCUGACAUUUUUUAUGGGCUUAUUUCCCAGUUUUAAAUUGUUACAUACUUUAAGAAACAACAACCAAAACCUCCAAUUUAGUCCAGACCACUCACUGGUCCCUGCUGUUUAACGCUGGGGAACAUUUUUGGUGCUGAGCUUCGGUCUCUCCGACAGCUGGUGAUAGAACUGAGGUGGCAAGACCUCCAAGAUGUGACUUUUGCUUUAGAGACAGUGGAUGUCCUGUGACAGACUUGGUGACACUCAUGGUGAGUGCUGGGUGAAUGUUGAUAUUCAUUAAAUCUGCAUGGCAUGACAGAGAUGCAUUUUACCCUGGAGCCCAUUAGGUUUUGAUACUUGAAACUUUUGCCUUUUAAAAUUCUAAGAACAGUGUUAGGUUCCUCUGGUACCUUUCUGGACUGAGACAAGUUUUGAUUUUUAAAAUGCCACAAUAAAACCGCCCAGCCUUUGGCUGUUAGGAUUCUGCACUGUGUUGGCAUUCAGGAAUGAGAAGAACCCUGUGGCAUUUCCCACCGCUUAAUGAACUGUUCAAUUAGGUCAGCGAACCCCAGGGGGUGGGGCUUGGGUGGGGGUCAGGGCAGCUCUGUCCUUGGCCCCUGUCCACAGUGCAAGAGAAUGGUCCAGACUCUUCAAGUCAAGUCGGAACUUCGGGCGCACUGAGGUCAAGAGCCUGUUGGGAGUUUUCUGGUCCCUGGGAAAGGUACUCACUUGUUCACAGGUUCUGGUUACAGAAAGUCAAUGAUGUGUCAUCAAAAUUAAGAAAACCUGAAGGUGCCUUUUAAGACAUACCAACAAUUUGAAAUUUAAAACUUAGAGAUAAUUCUGCUUGAUAAAAUAAAUAAAAGCCGUAAUGAUAAGUCAGGGUGAACCUUCUGACCCUAACUGUGCACUUGCUGAGUUGUGUUUUACUGCCUGUCACUUAAGAUUGUUUUACUCAAACCUAAAUAUUAAAGAAC